AUGGCGAACCUCAGUGGUUUGAUUAUGGAUGUGGAUCUGAGAAGUCAUGAAAACAACUUGGCUCACCGCACCAGGGAGAUCGAUAGGGAGCGCCUGAUUGUCCGCAGGGGUCAGCCGUUCUCCAUUACUGUGCAGUGCUCUGAUACUCUGCCUCCUAAUUACCACCUGGGACUGGCUCUGCAUCUUGGUAAGAAAGACGAGGUGGUGAUCAAGGUUCAGAAGGAGCAUGGGGCCGGAGACAAGUGGUGGUUCAACCAGCAGGGAGUGCAGGAUGAAAUGCUGCUGACUCUGCACAGUCCACCGAACGCUAUCAUUGGCCACUACCGUCUGGCUGUGUUGAUGAUGUCACCUGAAGGACGCAUUUUGGAGAAGAUCGACAAAAAUAGGUUCCACCUGCUCUAUAACCCGUGGUGCAAAGAUGAUGUGGUGUACCUCCCUGAUGAGAGUCUACUCCAGGAGUAUGUUAUGAAUGAAGAUGGAGUCAUUUACAUGGGUUCCUGGGAUAGCAUUCGCAGUAUUCCCUGGAGUUAUGGACAGUUUGAGGACUAUGUGAUGGACAUCUGUUUUGAAGUCCUGGACAACUCCAAGGAUGCCCUGAAAAACUCAGAGAUGGACAUCAAGCUCAGAUCUGACCCCGUCUAUGUCGGCAGGACAAUCACUGCAAUGGUGAACUCUAACGAUGACAGGGGUGUGUUGAUCGGUCGCUGGGAGAAGCCGUACUCUGGUGGAGUCGCACCGUACAGAUGGACCGGAAGUGUGCCGAUCCUCCAACAGUGGAGCAAGGGCGGGGUGAGGGCGGUCAAAUAUGGGCAGUGCUGGGUGUUUGCUGCUGUCGCCUGCACAGUGCUGCGCUGUCUGGGAAUCCCAACACGCCUCAUAACCAACUACGCCUCAGCCCAUGACGCCGAUGGAAACCUUUCCAUUGACAUCCUGCGAAAUGAAAGACUGGAGAGAAUUAACGGAAGAAACACAGCAGACAGUAGCUGGAACUUCCACUGCUGGGUCGAGUCCUGGAUGAGGAGAGAUGAUCUACCCAAAGGAAAUGACGGCUGGCAGGUUUUGGACCCGACCCCUCAAGAACGGAGUGAUGGUGAGUUUUGCUGCGGACCGUGUCCAGUGACGGCCAUCAAGGAGGGAAAUCUGGGAGUAAAGUAUGACGCUCGGUUUGUAUUCGCCGAGGUGAACGCUGACAUUGUCCAAUGGAUCAUCAAACGCGAUGGUAGUCGACAGAAGCUCGAAGUGGACCAGGCGAGUGUGGGGAGAAAUAUCAGCACCAAAAGUGUUUACGGCAACCACAGAGAAGAUGUCACUCUACACUACAAAUAUCCUGAGGGCUCCAAGAAGGAGAGAGAGGUGUAUGAGAAGGCGGGACGCCCGGUCACGGGGUUGCCCAAUGAGAGCACAGAACCAGGACACCUGAAGCUGUCAAUCAAGCAUGCUAAGCCUGUAUUUGGGACAGACUUUGAUGUGAUUGUUGAGGUGAAGAAUGAAGGAGGAAGAGAGGCUCAUGCUCAGCUGACCAUGCUGGCCACCGCUGUAACUUACAAUUCUAUCCCCCAGGGGGAGUGCAAGAGACAAACAAUCAGUGUGACAGUGCCAGCUCACAAAGUCCACAAGGAAGUGAUGCGUCUGCACUAUGACGACUACGCCAGGUGUGUCUCUGAACAUAAUCCCAUCAGGGUGAAAGCCCUCUUAGAGGCUACAGGAGAGAGCGAGCCCAUCAUGACCGUAGCCGACAUCCCACUGAGCAUGCCUGAACUCCUCGUACAGGUGCCUGGGAAGGCUGUUGAAUGGGAACAAGUAACAGCCUUCAUCUCCUUCACCAAUCCUCUACCAGUUCCUCUGAAGGGUGGCGUGUUCACUGUGGAAGGGGCCGGCCUACUGUUGGCCACUGAGAUCCUUGUUAAUGGUGAUAUAUUUCCCGGCCAGAAGGUGUCUGUCAGGCUGUCCUUCUCACCCACGCGGCCUGGGGUCAAGAAGUUCCUUGUGGACUUUGACUCUGACAGACUGAAAGACGUGAAGGGAGUCGCCACUGUGGUUGUCCACAAGAAAUACCACCCUAGAAAUACUGGGCGUUAUUGAAUUCCUCACAGUAUUUUCAAAUGAUACAUGUGUCUUCCAUGAUAACUGUGACCUUAUCCACUAAGAAAUACUGGAUACAGUGUUUAAUUACCUUAAAGCCACUAUUUGUCAGAUUAGAACAUUUCUGACUUUGCAUUAUGCCUGGCACUGGAUGGAAAUGCCCAGAAAGACAACAGGUGAUGCCCUCUAUUCCGCAAAUAACGUAAACAAAGAAUAAUUUUCCUUUUGUUUAUGUUCCUCCUGAGUACCAUUUCUUUUCUUUAUUUCUUACUUGACUG